UAGUUAAAAGGCGUCAGUAGAUCACUAGCGUGCAAAAAUGGUGCUUAAAUUUGUACUUUUAGUCGCGUUAGCGGUUUCCGCAACAGCUAGACGGGCCCCGCACGCGGAUUACGUCGAAAGCCUAUUGAGGGCGAAUCCCGCCGCGCGGAUGUCCAGCGAUGUGGACGAGGAUAUGCUUUUAGAUGUGCCCGGCCUCGUAGCGAAGUACGGCUAUCCCAUCGAAGUCCACACAAUCACGACCUCCGAUGGCUACAUCCUGGAAGCCCACAGGAUCCCCCACGGCAGGGACAGUAACAACAGCCCGGAUCCCAACAAACCCAUCGUGUUUAUCAUGCACGGACUCCUGUCUUCUUCCGCUGACUUCCUAGUGUUAGGACCUGGUACUGCUUUGGGAUACCUGCUUGCCGAAGCCGGUUACGACGUAUGGCUAGGAAACGCCCGUGGUAACUUCUACUCCCGCAAGCACAGAUCUUUAAACCCUGACAGCAGCUUGAACCAGAACUUCUGGAAAUUCAGCUGGGAUGAGAUAGGCAACAUUGACCUCCCUGCUUUCAUAGACCAUAUCUUAGAAACUACUGGACAGUCGAAGCUCCAUUAUAUCGGGCACUCUCAAGGAGGUACCACCUUCUUGGUACUGAAUUCCUUGAGGCCUGAGUACAAUGAGAAGUUCCUGUCUUUCCAAGGAUUGGCUCCAGCGUCAUUCUUCACUUACAAUGAUGUGACCAUGUUCAAGUCUUUGGCACCCUACGAAAGUAUUAUUGACACAACCGCGUUCGCAAUGGGCCAGGGUGAGAUCUUCGGAAGCCGAGAUUUCGUCUCCUGGUUCCAGGACAACUUCUGUACUUCAACCUUCUCGAUGUUCGAGGUGGCCUGCAACACUGAUAUCACAGGACUCGUCGCUGACAGAGAGUACUAUAACUCGACAAUGAUACCACUAUUCUUGGCGCACGCUCCCGCCGGAGCGUCCGUCCGCCAAGUCUCCCACUACGGCCAAGUCAUCCGCUUCAACGCCUUCCGUCGUUUCAACCACAACGCUUUAACCAACUUGGCAGUCUACGGUAGACUUAACCCCCCAGAGUACGACCUUUCUAAGGUCACCGCCCCUUCGUACUUGCAUUACGGGUUAAGCGAUAAGGAGGUUAACUAUAAGGACCUUCUGCUUCUAUCAAAUGCCUUACCUAAUGUAGUUGGUACCUACAAAAUUGAUAGAGAUAGCUUCAACCACUAUGAUUUUAUUUGGGGUAUUGACGCGAAAGAACAAUUGUAUGAAAAGUUAAUUGCUUUGUUAAAGGAAAUUGACAGUCAGCGGUGAUUUUAAGGUUAUUGUAAAUAGUGUAAAUAUGUUAUGAUAUGAUUAUAAGGACUCCGAGGAA